AUGGGCCGCUGGGGAAUGUGCCUUUUCCAAGGCGACCAGGACCUCGACAUCCGCAGCGAGACCGAGCAUGACAUGGGCCUCACCAGAGAUAACGACGACGACUACAUCCCCGACGAGGAGCUCCAGUCCCUCGCCUUCCGGUGCAAGCUCGACGCCGGCCUGUGCGACAAGCUCUUCAAGGACUACCGCAGCAAGGAGAACACCUUCUGGAUCCCCGACCGCAAGAUGUACACCGUUGUCCUCGCCGCCAUGGUCAUGCAGAGCGGCGCCAGGAUCAGCGACGACAACAUGCAGCACCUGCGCGAGCUCGUCCCCCGCAUCCACUCCAGCCCGGGCUACGCCUCGCCCCUUGCCGACGACGGAUUCCGCGACCCUGGAAAGGUCCAGUUCCUCGCCGCACUGGAGUACUACAAGCCAGGCACCCCACGCACCUUCUGCGAGCUGAGCUGCUACCACUGUGGCAAGAUCCAGGCGGACCUCGGCGAGGCGCUGAACCGCUGUGCCAGAUGCAAGGUGGCUUCGUACUGCAACAAGGACUGCCAGAAGGCUCACUGGAAGGCCCACAAGCCUUCCUGCUUCGACCACAAGAACCCUCCCAUGUUCUUGAACGUGUAG